AUGUCAGUGAUUUCUUUAAGAGGAUAUGAUGUUAGCUUUCCUUACCCGAUUCCAUACGACAUCCAAAAGAGUUACAUGAAUAAAGUUCUCACUUGCUUAGAUGAGAAAACUCAUGCAGUUUUAGAAUCUCCGACUGGUACGGGCAAAACACUGUGCCUAUUCGCACCUGUCACAGCUUGGGCAAAAAGAAAAAAAAAAAAUGCUGUCGUACAUGUUACUCAAGAUUCUAAUAAAGAACUCAAUAGUCCUCAUUUUGAAAGUACUGAACAUCAGGGACCCUGGGGAGUCAAAUCCAAAUCAAAAGUUUGGUAUACAGCAAGAACUCAUUCUCAAAUUGCUCAAACAGUUAGCGAAGUUAGAAAAUGUGACAUAGAAGGUCUUCAUGUAAGGGUAAUGGGAGCUAGGGAUCAAUUAUGCAUAAAUGAACUUGUUUUAGAAGAAAAAGAUUCUUACAUAAAGACUGUUAAAUGUAAAGAAUUAGUCAAAUCUAAAAAAUGUAAAUAUUAUACAAAGUUAUCAUAUGAAAAAGAUUUUAAAAGAUUUUAUCAAUCGGGAGAGGUUUUAGACAUAGAAGAUUUAGUAUCGAUAGGAAAAUCAUGUGGAAUUUGUCCUUAUUUUUUGGCUAAAAGAGCCAGUGAAACUGCAGAUAUUCUUUUACUUCCAUAUAAUUAUAUCAUCGAUAGAGAAUCUAGAGAAUCAAAUGGUUUGCAAUUACAAAAUGAUGUUAUUAUUUUUGAUGAAGGUCACAAUGUGCCUUCCACUUGCGAAGAAAGUUAUGAGUUUAGCUUUACAUCUCUCGAUGUUGCCAUCGGAAUCAAAAAUAUUCAAGAUGUUAUGCUUAGCCUAAGUAAACUCACUGAGGAUUUAAUAGAAGAUGAAGAAAUCGAUGUAUCCAAACAUGUAUCAAAUUCUAUGAUGAUGGUUGAAAUGCUACAAAAAUUAGAAUCGGCACUUAGUGAAAUGAAUGCUUCCAAUGAACUUUUACCUGUCUCUGAACUUUAUAAUUUUUUAAGUAGUGCUGUGCUUAUCGAUGGCAUUUCUUCAUUUAAAAGUGAUUCGGAAAAACUUUCACUGACAGGAAGCACAUUGGAAACAUUUAAUUUGUUGGAAAAAAUGAUGAGUGUUAUGUAUGGAUCAACAGUUAGAAGUUUUGAUAAAUCAAUUGUGGAUAGAUCGUUUAAAUGUGUGAUAACAACAGAUCCUGAACGACAUUUUGCAAAAAAAUUUUCUUUGUAUUGUUUUAAUCCAUCUUUCGGGAUAAAGAGUUUAUUAGCGCUUGGUUCUCAAUCUAUUAUCAUUACUAGUGGAACUUUAUCACCUCUUAGAACAUUUAUUUAUGAAUUGGGUCUUCCCAAACCUGUUACAUUGGAAAAUAAACACAUAGCAAAAAAAUGUCAGGUUCCUUUUGUCAUACUCGGAACAGGAGUUAACAAUGUCAAAAUGGAUGGAGCCUAUAAAAAUAGGAACGAUCCCAAGUACGUUUCGUCGUUAGGAAUGUCUUUGACUAAUCUUAUCGCGUCCAUACCUGAUGGUAUAUUAUUAUUAUUUUCUUCUUACACGAUGAUGCAAAGUUUAAAAGAAUCGUGGGAAAAAGAUUUAGGAAUUUGGACCCGAUUAAAUUCUUUAAAGAGAGUUUUUGUCGAGCCACGUAACAAAAACGAAUUUAUCAAUUGUAUGGAAAAUUAUCGUAGAGCAAUAGAUUCUGGUAACGGUGCCAUUUUAAUGGGUGUCCUUCGCGGAAAGAUUUCCGAAGGUAUGGAUUUUAAGGAUCAAUAUUGCCGAGGUGUAUUCAUAAUUGGAGUUCCCUUUCCUCCCAUACAAGAUUUAAGAGUUAUUGGAAAGCAAAAAUAUUCGGAAUCCCUCAUGAUUUACAAUGAGAAAACCAAAACGGAAGAAAAAUUGUACAAUCAACCCUAUCUAUCCAUAGAAGCAAUGAAAGCAACCAAUCAAGCCAUCGGACGAGUUAUUAGACACGGAAAAGAUUACGGAGUCAUUAUUCUUGUAGAUUAUCGAUUUGCAUGGCCGAGAUUAUUUUACAACAUAUCAUCUUGGUUGAGAGAUGAUUUUCCGACGGAGAGUAAUUUUCCAACUGCAAAAAAAUUAAUCAGUGAUUUUUUUAAAAACGUACACUCGGGUGCGCUUAAUGUCGUCUGGUCUGUCGGAAAAGUCGGAAAAUUGGGAGUGGAAGAAAUUCACUGUCAACCGUUAGAUGGAAAUGGUUGUCCCAUAGCAAAGAAAUUUUCAUACGAAGAAUACGAUCAUAAAAAACAACCCCCGAAAAGAACGGGACCAAGAAUGGAUUUAUCGGGAAUCGAAGGGAAAUCCCGGUCGGAAUCGUCGGGAACUCAAAUUAUAAACAAAGAACGGAAAUCAAGAGGUCACACUAAUAUAAAAUACGAGGACGAUGAUUUGACUCCAGAAAAUUUAUUAUUUAAAUAUAAAUCGAAUAAAAAAUAUAAUGAUGAUGGGAAUUCGGUGGGGAGGAAAACAGGAGCUACGACAUCCCUAUCCGAUGCCAUAGAAUUGGCUAGAAAAAAUUUAGAUAAUUAUUCAUCUCGGGAAAAUUUAAAUGAAGUAGUAGUACAAGAAAAUAACAAAAGAAAAUUGAGUGAUGACGAAGAGGAAAAUUACAAAAAAAAUUGUUGCCCUAAACUUUCUCCCUCUUUAUUUUCAUCCCCGGAAUCAUCUGAGGGAAGCCAACCAAAAAAAUAUUCACAUAUAAAGGUUAAACCCCUGUUACCUGCUGCGAAAAACGACGGUGACGUCAUAGUGGAAAAUAAAUACGAAAAAGAAUUGAAAGAAAAAUUAAUCAAUUAUUAUUCUUCGGUUAAAAUUUUCCUGUCGGUAAAUGAAAAUUUUAAAUUUAAACUCGCUUCGUCGAAUUACAUGAGAGGAGAAACAUCUUUGACGGAUAUGAUUUCAACGAUGGAUGAAGUUUUUUUAAAAGCGGGAAAUAAAAAUUUAUACGCAGGAUUUCGAAUUUGUAUCAAAGCUAAAGAUAAAAUUGAAUGGUCAGCUGCUUGUAAGAAAAGAGGAAUUAAAAAUUUUUAA